UUGAAUUGUUGCUCGGAUCCAUUCAUCCGGAGUAGAAUGAUUGAUGCAAUUGGACAAUGUGUUAAUAUCUUGGCAGGGGAUGAAAUUGGCCACAAGUAUGUUGUUGAGCAUGUGUUGGAGCAUGGAAAACCUUGGGAGCGUUCGAAGCUAAUUGAACAGAUAGCUGGAAACAUAGCUGAGAUUACCGAGAAGAGGUUCUCAUCCAUAAUCAUUUCGGCUUGUAUGGUUUUUGGCAGUCUUCAUGAUCGUCACACUAUCGUAAAUGGGAUUAUUGGAUCGACGGAUGAAAACACGCCACUUCAGACAAUAAUGUUACAGCAAUUUGGAAUUGAUGUUAUACAGAAGGUUGUGGAAGAAUGUGUUGUUGCGCAAAUAGAUUUGAUCAUGUCACGAAUUAAGAUUCAUUUAAAUGCUUUGAAGAGGAAUUCGAAUGAGAACUACGUUAUUUUCAGGAAUCUAGUUCAGGCUCGAGAACGGAAGAUGGUAGAAGCAGCAGAAGAAGCUCUUUAUUUACUUUAGGUUAGUAGAUGAAAAUAUACAAACUUUAUAGUACAAACCACAAAUACGUCAUUUAAUACGCGUCGAUUAAUACU